UUACCUUGGCAUACUUGUAAUAUACUAACUAAAGUAAUUCGCAAUUUAAUCAAAUCGCUGAGUUGAUCUAAAUCCAAUUAACAGGAAACGUGGUGAACGUGUGUUUAUUGUAUACUUACAAAUAUAUUUAUUAAAAAUGGCUGAGGCAAUGAGACAAACUGUAGCUGGGAUGCUUAAAGGCAUUGAAAGAUAUAAUCCAGAUAAUCUGACAACUUUAGAAAAGUACGUUGAGAUUCAAUCAAGAGAAAAUGUUUAUGAUUUGGAAGCUAAUUUGGCUGUUUUGAAAUUAUAUCAAUUGAAUCCACAUCGUUUUAAUAUGGAUAUAACCUGCCAAAUAUUACUUAAAGCAUUAACUAAUCUUCCGCACACUGAUUUUGUAUUAUGUAAAUGUCUUUUGAACGAAUCGAUUAUGCAAGAAAAACCGAUUAAUCAAAUCAUGUAUUUAGGAGAUAUAUUAGAACAAUGUGAUUUUGAACAAUUUUGGGAUCAAAUUUUGUUAAUGUCUGAUUUAUGUGACAGAAUUGUUGGAUUCCAAGAUUCUAUAAGGAAGUUUGUUUGCCAUGUCGUAGGAAUAACUUUUCAGACAAUAGAUAAAGGACUUCUUGUACAACUUUUAGGUGGAGUAGAUGAUACCACAUUAAAGCAUUGGGUAAAAAAGUAUGGUUGGAAAGAUGAAAGCAAAUCGAUUAUUUUUAUUGCUAAUCAAGAUGAAAAUAUAAAAACAAAGAACAUUACUGAAAAAAUUGAUUUUGAAAAUGUUGCAGGAUUAAUGGCUGCUUGUUUAUGAAAUUAUUAAUAAGUAAAAAUAAUUUUGUAAUAUGACUGCUGCAUUUUAUUCAUGAAUCUUAUUACCUUUUUUUUUUGAACACAUAAAUAUAUUGAUCUAAACAA